GGCCGCCGUAGCGGGAGGACCCGAGCUACGGUGGCCGCGGGGCGGCGGUGGUGAUUGGACUCGGUGGGUCCCGGGCCAGGGGCGGGCGCCGCCAUGGGCAACCUGUUCGGCCGCAAGAAGCAGAGCCGCGUCACGGAGCAGGACAAGGCCAUCCUGCAACUGAAGCAGCAGCGGGACAAGCUGAGGCAGUACCAGAAGAGGAUCGCCCAGCAGCUGGAGCGCGAGCGCGCCCUGGCCCGGCAGCUGCUGCGGGACGGCAGGAAGGAACGGGCCAAGCUGCUGCUCAAGAAGAAGCGAUACCAGGAGCAGCUCCUGGACAGGACAGAGAACCAGAUCAGCAGCCUGGAGGCCAUGGUUCAGAGUAUUGAGUUCACCCAAAUCGAAAUGAAGGUGAUGGAGGGGCUGCAGUUUGGAAACGAGUGUCUGAACAAGAUGCACCAGGUGAUGUCCAUUGAAGAGGUGGAGAGGAUCCUGGACGAGACGCAGGAGGCCGUGGAGUACCAGCGGCAAAUAGAUGAGCUCCUGGCAGGAAGCUUCACUCAGGAGGAUGAAGACGCCAUCCUGGAGGAGCUGAGCGCAAUCACUCAGGAACAAAUAGAACUGCCAGAGGUUCCCUCCGAGCCCCUUCCUGAGAAGAUCCCAGGUAUUUCCAUGUUUGAUUCUUCUGAAUGGUUGGAAUUCGCAGAACAGUGGAUUCUAGAAGGCAACAAGACAGAAUGCUCCCAGCCCUUCUCACUUGGCAGAGGUCAUCGCGGCCUUCCUGGGCCAUGGGCAAGCCCUGCUGCCUGGCUGUGUGGCUCGGGGGCAUGCGUGCCUGGCCUUGGGGUUGGGCUUGGGUUUCCCAGGGGUUGGGUAACUGGGUAACGUCGUAAGAGAGCCAUACCCCAUUCAAAGAGGCACAUUCAGAAAUCAGAACUGGGGAAAGGCUUCUUCAGCAGCACCAGCUCAUUCCCAGCGUCUAGCCCAGGAUUAGCCGUCAGCCAGGGAUGCUUUUCCCCGUGGCACCAUUCAGCACAGGCUCUCCAACCUGCCCACUGGGAACCUGACUUUUUAGAAUCAUCCAUCCGUGUUUGUUCUGUUCCUUUACCCAUCUUUGGGGCUCUUCUCCUCUCUGAGUCCCGCUGGGAGGGGCUGUGCUUUCCUGGCCCUGUCUGUCAGCCCCAUUGGCUUCCUGUUUGUCACUUGCCUCCCCCAGAGCUGGGCGUGCCCUUCCCUAGUGCGAAGUCCCCGGAACUGGCCCUUGCCACCCCCGUGACCUCGUCCCUCUCUGGAGGUCUCUGCCUGUGGGUCUUCGGCAUGUCAUAAACAUCUCUGUUUCCUCCACAGAAGAUGUCCCUGUCAAGGCCAGGCCCAGGCAGGCGGAGCUGGUGGCAGCUUCGUAACGUGGCCUCCUCUUGUGGGACUCACGGGGAUGCCCCAGGGACUGUGGCCCACAGAGAGUUUGGGUCAUGGCCAGCCCCUGACCGGGUUCCCUGGAGCCCAGCGCGCACGGUGCUGAGCAGAGCCACAGCCACGCAGGCACAUUGCAGGAGGACUCCAGAGCGUCUCCUGGCGACCUCGAGCCUGAACGCACUCAGGCGCCACUGGCCUGCUCAGUCCGGAUUAAACCCUCGGCCGAGCCCAGCUUCUGCCGGUUGUGGGCUCCCCUGGUGGCCGCGGUCCAGGCCCGAUGCCUCUGGUGCUGUUCCCCUGCAGUCCCAGCCCCGCGUGGCUCGCGCUCAUCUGUGAGGAAGACACCUCCAGACCUUGGGGUCCCCGUGCUUCCUCUUGGUCCUCGCUGCUCCCGUUAGCUGGUGCAGGCUUCUGUUAAGGGGUCCCUCCCUUGGCCUGGCUUCCCGGCGCACCUCAGCUUCCCUGCUGGUGGGGGGAUCCCCAGGAGACCAGCAUGUGCUGAACCUCUCCGUGCCUCUGCCUCCGCGCCCCAGACGCCCACCUCCCGUUUGAAGGUGGCGGGCCAGGGGCGUUCUUGCUGGAUUGACAACUCCCAGAGCCCUGACUCCCGCCUUGCCACUCAUGGCUCUGUCCACCAGGGCUCGGCCCUGCUGAGAAAGGACCUUCAAUGCUUGGGAGACGCUGCUCCGGCAGAUGCAGCCCCGGAAGUUUGUCCGUGGGGGUCCCUGCGGCUGGGGCUCAUGGAACUGUGAGACCCGGGACCUUCCUGCCCUGUGAGUCCCCGAGCCACCAGCAGCCAAGACCGGAGGCUGUGGGGCAUGGCGUGACUUCUCGUGCACAAGGCUGGUUUGGUUAUGAGACGAUCUCGCUGGGACCGCCCCUGCCCGUGGAAAACCACAGGACAAAGGGAGUCGCCACCUCGACCCCCAGACAGGCCGGCCCGUAUUAAAGUUGGCCCUGCACGCCCA